UCGCUGCCAAUCAGAAUUCAGUUUUUAUUUUAUUUUCUUACAAAAAUUCUCCGAAAAACCUAAAAGUCAAAUAUAAAGUGAGGUCUUUUCUACGUCUCUUCAACAUUCUCAGAGAAAGCCGUCUUCAAUCUCUCUCUCUCUCUCUCGUUUCGUAUCAUCUUCUCUGCGAUUUCAAUGACGAGCCGUUGGUUGAGACCUGAGGUGUAUCCUUUGUUCGCUGCUACCGGAGUUGCCGUUGGGAUCUGUGCGUUUUCGUUGAUCAGAAACAUCACCGGAAACCCUGAAGUCAGAUGCACAAAGGAGAACAGGGCUGCUGGAAUUUUGGAUAACCAUGCAGAGGGAGAGAAGUAUAAGGAAAAUUUCCUGAGGAAGUUUGUUCGCAAUAAGAAACCUGAAAUCAUGCCUGGACUCAACAAGUUCUUCACUGAUCCUACAUACUGAAACCAUCUUUCAAGACCUUUGCACACCGCUUUGUCUUAUUGUUUCUGGAAUUGAAUCUCUUGUGAUAUAAACCUCAUUUGUCAAUUUCACAUUGUUGAUGUAUUCUCCAGCUGAAGACUUGUUAAUGCUGGGCUUAUGUUGUCACUUUUAAGCAGAAAAUAACUAUUUGUAUGAAUUGCCUUUGGCAGCAUACUUUUAAUGGCCAUCUCAUCUGAGAGUAAUAAGCACUUACUA